UGUAUACAGUAAUUACGUGUGUGAAUAUACGUAUAGGAGUGACUCGCUCACGAUAGCCAUCGCCGGGCGCUAGGACCCCACGGCCUGCGUGUCCUACACUCCGCCCCCGGUCGGUGCUGAAUGAGCGGAUGAAACAUGGCGGUGGACGGAUGGAAAUACUAAUGACAGUCGGGAAACUCGCUUCCAUUUGUACCAUGGGCAUCAAUGCCUCUGCUUUGGAGAAAGAAAUUGGACCAGAACAGUUUCCAGUCAAUGAGCAUUAUUUUGGCUUAGUCAAUUUUGGGAACACCUGCUACUGUAACUCAGUCCUUCAGGCACUUUAUUUUUGCCGUCCAUUUCGAGAAAAAGUUCUAGCCUACAAAAAUCAGCCCAGGAGAAAGGAAAAUCUACUCACGUGCUUGGCAGAUCUCUUCCACAAUAUAGCUACACAGAAGAAAAAAGUCGGUGUAAUACCUCCUAAAAAGUUUAUAACAAGAUUACGGAAAGAAAAUGAACUUUUUGAUAAUUACAUGCAACAAGAUGCUCAUGAGUUUCUGAAUUACCUGCUAAACACCAUUGCUGAUAUCCUGCAGGAAGAGAAAAAGCAGGAAAAACAGAAUGGGCAGCUACAUAAUGGCUGUAUCAAUGAUGACAAUGGCAAUGGUAAUGACGUACCAGAACCAACUUGGGUGCAUGAAAUGUUUCAAGGAACUUUGACUAAUGAAACCCGAUGUCUUAACUGUGAAACUGUAAGUAGCAAAGAUGAAGACUUUUUGGACCUUUCUGUUGAUGUGGAGCAGAACACUUCAAUUACACAUUGUUUGAGGGGCUUUAGUAAUACAGAGACACUAUGUAGUGAAUAUAAAUAUUACUGUGAAGUAUGCUGCAGUAAACAAGAAGCUCAGAAAAGGAUGAAAGUAAAGAAACUGCCUAUGAUUUUAGCUCUUCACCUGAAGAGAUUCAAAUAUAUGGAUCAAUUGCAUCGAUACACAAAGUUAUCCUACAGAGUAGUCUUUCCACUAGAACUCCGCCUAUUCAACACAUCAGGAGAUGCCACCAAUCCAGAUAGAAUGUAUGACCUGGUUGCUGUGGUGGUACACUGUGGAAGUGGCCCUAACCGAGGGCACUACAUUGCAAUAGUGAAAAGCCAUGACUUCUGGUUGUUGUUUGAUGAUGAUAUAGUAGAGAAAAUAGAUGCACAAGCCAUCGAAGAGUUCUAUGGAUUGACAUCUGAUAUUUCAAAGAACUCUGAGUCUGGUUAUAUCCUCUUUUACCAGUCCAGGGAUUAAAUGAAUGUGGAGUGCAGGAGAACAGUUCCAACUCAUUCACUUCCCAAUGCUCACCCUUGCAGAAACAAGGCACUGAGAUCAUGCAAAAGAGAGCGGAUGGGAAAACUUUUCAGUCUUGUUACGAAGCUUGGGUCACUCUAGAGUAAUACUGAUGAAAAUGGAAAACAGAAUAACCAUGUAAACAAAACAGUUUUACUCAUUGUGAAAGCACAUUGAAAUAAAGCUGUAGCAGGUAUGUACAAGGGAUGCUGAGUAAGUGGCACUGAACUGACACACACAAUUCAGUUCCAGAGCUAAAAUUAACAUGGGAGAAAGUGAUGCAUGCUACAUGCGUAUGCAUGAAACCAAAGUGAACUGAUGUUCAAUCAGAUUGAUCUCUCCCUAGCAGCAUCCUGUUGGCUUUUUAAUUUGUAUAAUUUUUACAUUCUCAAGUUUGGGAUCUACUCUGAUUAGUCUUUUUUCCUUUAAAUGACCAAAAACAAUUAGAGUUGGCAUUAACAAAUUAGAGCAACAUUUCCCACCAAAGAUGAAAAUUACAUUGAGGAUUAUGUAAGGUGGCUACACCACUUAAAAACAUACUUGACUGACAUCUAGCCUUGCAGUUGGGUCAACUUUCAAAUUCCACAAGAUAAGUACAUAAUAUUCCAGCAGACAUAGGGUCAAUUUAUGUUGAGUUCAAGCAUUUUUUUUUCCCGUCUAUUCACGCAUUGGCACUCCAUUUACACACCAUCUAUUGCUGAUUGCUGGAUAGUUAUCUAAUGAGCAAGAUGCAUCAACUUAAAUACUAAGGGCAGGAGCAAAGGCAAGCAGAGUUGUAGAGCCUUGUAAAUACAACAGUGAAACAAUUUGUUAAUGUUAAAUAAUUAAAUACAUUUUGUAAAAUAUUUUUGUUAUCCCAGAGAAAGUAUAAAAUCGCAAUGUUAUAACAGUAAUUCCAAUUUUAUUGACUCAAUGCCUAUAGAAUAUCAUGAAAAAGUAAAUAGACCAUAUUUUAAAUGUAUCACUAAAAUGAAAUGCUUAACUGUCUUGCCAUAUUGGAGUCUGCACUAAUUAUUUUCUGUUGUAUAUAGUAUGCAGAUAAUCUGAUUACAUGUUUAAAAUUCAUUAUUUUCUUUAAACCAUUUCAAUUUCUAUAAAUCUUUGGUCACUUAUGUACAGCAUAAUUAUUUUCACUAUAGCAUCUUGGAAUUUUUCUGUAUUAGUUGUCUGCAUUGUCAGUUUUAUCCAGCGCACUUCAAUAUAGUCAUUGAAGUGACCAAUUAUUUGCCUGAAAAAUAUGGUCUGUUUUCCCAUGCACUUAGAUGACCUCUCUGUCACCUAUUGAAUGUAAUAUCUUGAGCCCCUAUUUCAAAACCAAACGUAUGUUCAGAUUUAGUUUGCAUUUCUCUUUAUGGAAAUGAAAGUACACAGUUCAUAUGGUAGCCAUAAAUUUGUAGUUUUAUGUAAAAAUUCCUCUCACCCCAUAUUAGUUUAAAAUCUGGUCAUGAAUUUGAAUCAGACUGAUUAUAAUUUUAUGAAUCCUUGCUUGCCUCCUUCUUAUGGUGCACACCAGUCCAUGCCUUUGAUAUAUGGUUUGACAGUCUGAAUGAUUGUCCUGGUUCAAAACAGCGCUGAGGUGUAAAUGGGAGGUAGACUGAUUUCAGUUCAAAUUCAGUAGAGUCUGAGCCACCAUGCUUGCUGGUGAAGGACAUAGUAGACUGGCAAAAUUAAUUUUUAAGUGGCCUGCCUAAACUUUAAAGUAGGAUUUAAGACCAGAAUCACUGUUCUGCAUAAACCAGGUGGAGAGCUUUACCACCUUUCUCUUGUACAGUACUUAAUAUCAAUACUUUGAAAUCCUGUGAAGAAUGUCUUUCUGCUGCUAAACUGAAAAUUAAUUCAUCUGAGAACAUUCUGUAGCUUUUAGAAUAAUGCUUUUUGACUUGUUGGCUCAGGAAAUGCUGUGGUCUUAACAUUUGAUGCCAUUUAAUACUUAGCACUCACCUCUAGGUUUUUUGGAAAAAGAAUAUUAUCAUGUUAUUAGGGCAAGGUGGAAACUCUUGGGGAAAGUAGUUCAGACGAUUGCUUCUCAGUAGGUAGAAGUGCCCAAAUUAUUUUUUAAAAAUAGUUUUUUUUUUAAUUGAUUCCCCUUGGGUUUUUCCUCAAUUGCUUUAAUCAAUUCAUAUAUAUUUCCGACAUUGCAACUUACUUUGGGAUUCAAGAAUAGAGAAACCAUGUAUGUUCAGUUUAAUUUUUUGCCUUCCUUCACCUCCCCAUUUUCAUAUUAGAGGGUUAUCUGCUUAACAGUUGCAAUAUAUAGUUUAAAAAAUGCUCAAAUCAUAUUUUAAAAUCAAUGGUCAAUCAAGGUAUUGUUAGAAUAUUGCAGCAUUAUGCAUUUGUUCCUGUGUUAUGCUUGGAUUGUAAAAAAAAAAGUUUCUGGGUGUGGUUAUUAGUGAAUAUUAAGAAUUGGUUUGGCUAUUGUGCAGCAAAAAUGGUGCAUAGUUUGAUAACUUUUGGGCAUUUUAAGUGCUAUAAAAUUGCAUUUUAGCCAUCAGAAAUCAGUGAUUGGGGGAGUGGUGGGGAAGUAACCGGUAAAUAAUUAAAUAAUGGGUCUGAUUUAUGUCUUUGACAAGAAGUUUCUUGGGACACAGCAGCUGAAUAUUUUGUAUAUUGGGUCAGAAAUUUCUACUGAAAAAAGUAUGUUCUUUGAUAGCAUCAUAUUGUAUGUAUAUAUAUAUUGAAAAUUACUCUAAAUUAUAAAUUGCACUUUUGAUACUGAUUUUUAGGUGUAUUUAAGGGGUUACUUGAGACAGCCUGUUGUUUAAUUAUGUUUUUGUCUUACAGAAAUAAAAAAUAUAAUUUACAGGCCUAAAGAGUGCAUGAAUUUCAUAUUUAACUUGCUGUGGUAAUUAGCAUAAUAUUGAAGGAAAUAUUUUUAAACACAAAUUGCAUUACUUUUGACAAGGAGAUGUUUUGUAAGUUAUGUUUGAUUAACCCCUGUUUUAGAUCUGCCCAAUACUAACCUUACUUUUACAUUUUAGUAUGGUUAUCAAUGACUUGGUGUUGGACUAAGGCAUAUAUUUCAAAGAUCUAUGUGACUUUACAUUCAGAGGGAAAAUCAAUCUGGAAUUGCAUUCAGUGUCAGUAGUAUACAUAACUUAAUGCUUAAAUCUAUUAUUGCUUUAGCAUAUGCUAGCAGAUUUCAUUGGUGUUGCUUUCAGUGAGUCAUAGUGUGUAACAUAAUAUGUAUAAAGUAAAUAUAAAAACAUAUUCCAUAUACCACACACUUACUGUGCACACAUAUCAUUGGUUCUAAUACUUAUUGUGAACUAGUUAAUCUCCUCUGUUAUUGUACCAGGAAGUGGAGGCCAAGUACAGCCUUUAGGUACAAGUAUUAAACGACAGAAGCUAACUAACUCAAAGUAAAUAGUUCAUUUGCAAUCUUAAAUUCGUUUUUUUAACCUCCUACUAUUGUAAAUCCCAAUGCACAUACAAUGGAAGUAUUAAUCUAAACUUGUGCUGUAAUUGCACGCUUACUAAUUGUGUUUUUAAAAAUUCAUUUCAUUUGAUGAGGCACACUAACUAGACCAGCAUUUGUUGCCUAGCCUAAUUGCUUGGAGGGCAGUUAAGAAUCAACCACAUUGUUGAGAGUAUGGAAUCAUAUGUAAGCCAAACUAGGUAUAAAUAGCAAGUUUUCUUCCCAAAAGCAACUAAAUAACCAGAUUUUCUUUUUAAUGACAAUCAACAGUGGUUAUGUGGUCGCUAUUAGUCCAACUGUUAUUCCAGAUUUUUAUUCAUUUCAAGUUUGAUUGUCCGACCUGGUGGAAUUUGAACCCAUGUCACUGAAGUUUAGCCCAAGCUUCUGGAUUCUACUCCAGUGAUAUAACACUAGAGACUGCCUCAACCUCACCCUCAUUUACAUGUACAGUUCUGGCAGAAUAAGCAGUAUUAUGUUUUGCAGGCAACAUGGCACAGUGGUUAGCACUGCUGCCUCAGUACUAGGGUUCAAUUCCAGCCUCGGGUGACUGAGUGAAGUU